AUGAUGGCGCAGGCUAAAACAUUAUAUCACGCGUCCGGGCCCUUGUCGACGUCCGACUGUUUGAACGCCUCCAAGUCGAUCCACCGCCCAGUGCCGAUCACUCCCUCAUCGCUAGCCUACCAUGCCAAGACCCUCUGGCUCUUCACUGAGUCAGACGUUAUGACGAUGCUAGUGCCCGUCUCUGUCUUCGCAAUGGUCGCCGCCCCGCUGACCACCUACGCUAACAUUCCACAUCUCUUAUUCUGGCUAUGGCUACACGUCCUGACUUUCAACACAUCCAACCAAACAACGUCCUCUGAGGACGCCACAAACAAACCCCAUCGACCGAUUCCUGCCGGCCGUAUUACCUUCGAACAUGCGCGGAUUCUGCGUUGGGCGCUGGUGCCGAUAUGUGGGGGGUUGAGCCUGAUGUAUAGCAAGGAGACAAUGCUGGCCAGUGUGGUUGUGUCGUUCCUUACCGUGACAUACAACGAGCUCAGGUGCGACGGGAGGAGCGCUAUCUCACGAAAUCUUCUCAACGGACUCGGUUAUGCUGCGUUUGAGGCGGGCACCACGCUUGUUGCACGAGACAACAAGACCAGCCUAGAUCCCCGUUGCUGGCGCGCAAUUCUGCUCAGCGGACUGCUGUUUGCCACCACGAUCUACGCACAGGACUUCAGAGAUGUCGUAGGCGACGCCGAGCUUCGCCGCGACACUAUCCCGCUCCGCUUUGGCGCACAGGCGCGGCCGUUCUUGAUGGCCAGCGUCGUCCUCUGGUCCAUUGCGCUCUCUUGGAUCUGGCAGCUCGACACUUUCACGGCCACCGCUUUCGUCGUGCUGGGCGCAUUUGCUGGGGGCCGAUUUGUAUUGAAGACCACCAUCGACGACGACCGUCGAAGUUACUUUUGGUAUAAUGUGGGUUACCCGCUUUUCUCCAAUAUUGCACAGUGGGUUAAUGAAGGAUACUUAGGUCUGGGCUGCCGCCGCCCAUGUUCUUCCCGGGUACUGGCGCUUCUUCUAUUCGACUUAAGAAUCUUGUGGGCGGUCUACCCUAUAGAAUCCUGCACUGGGGCCUGGCUGCCUUGA